GGGCAAUUGGAUGGCAGAAAAAAAAGUUGCCUGACCGCCGACGCCGCCCCAGCGUGCUUCCUCGCUCUUCUUUUUGCGCAGGAGCCAUACCAUCCGCCUCACCGUGGUCGAGAAAGCAACACCUCAAAAUGGCGGGCUCGGUCGCUGCCCAGGGCUCUCCCAGCGCCAGCAGCGAUUCGCUUGACCAAGUCGAGUGCAACAUCAUCGAGCGCAAGCCCGGCGAACCAUCCAAGAAAAAGUCCCUCUUUGAAGACGACGAUAACGAGAGCUCGGGGAGCGAUGAUGAUUCGGAGGAUGGCGGCGCAAAGCUAGCCGACGGUUCGGCUGUCCUCAAGAUCAACGAGGAGUUUGCCCGCAGGUUCGAGCACAACAAAAAGCGCGAAGAGCUGCAAAAACUGGAGGAGAAGCAUGGACGAGCGCUCGCCAAUGGGAAGACUGGAGAUGACGACUCCGAGUCGUCGGACGACGAGACCGAGGAUGAGGAGGGCUUCCUAGCUACUGAAGACCUCGACGCUGAAAUCUCGGCAACCCUCCAGGCCAUCAAGAACAAGGAUCCCAGGAUCUAUGACGAGGGCACAACCUUCUACCGGUCGAUUGGCGAGGCUUCGACCGCUGCAUCCAAGCCAUCCAAGGAGAAGGCCGUUACCCUGAAAGAUUACCACCGGGAAAGGUACAUGAAAGGGGAUGUGGGCGCCGAUUUUGAGGACGACUCCGAAGCCGCCGCGCCGCCGCAAAAGACCUACGUUCAGGAGCAGGAAGACCUCAAAAAGUCAAUCAUGAACGAGAUCAACGCCCUUGCCGAGGGCGGCUCCGACGACGAGAGCGAUGAUGGUACUUUUAUGAAGAAAAAGGCCAAGCAGCCCAAAGACGAGACCCCUGCUGCCAGCGGCGUGCACCCUUCCAGGGCUUCCAAGACCCAGCUCACCGAAGCGGACGUCGCCACCGCGGAUAAGGACCCAGAGCUUUUCCUCUCCAACUUUAUGACCUCGCGCGCUUGGCUUCCUCCAGAGGGCUCCAGGUGGGAGGCGUUUGAAUCGGAUGAUGAGGAUAAGGACAACGUCAACUUUGCCGAGGAGUUUGAGAACGCGUAUAACAUGAGAUUCGAGGACCCAGAGAAGAGCAACGAGGUUCUCAAGUCAUACUCGCGCUCGCUCGUCGCCGAGAAGUCGGUGCGACGGGAGGAGAAGAAGGGCAGGAAGCGGCAGCGAGAGCUCGAGAAGGAGCGCAAGGAGGCCGAGAAGCAGGAGAGGCGAGAAGAGCGCGCUAGGCUUCGGCGCCUCAAGAUAGAGGAGGUAGAAGAGAAGCUGAAACAGAUCAAGAAGGUGGCCGGGUUUGGCGGCAAGAAGCUCAACGAGGAGGAAUGGGCCAAGCUUCUGGACGACAACUGGGACGACGAGAAGUGGGAAGCCGAGAUGCGCAAGCAAUUCGGCGACGACUACUAUGCCGAGGGCGAGGCCGACGCCAACAGCUCGGGCGACGAGGAGGCCAGCUCUUCCAAGAAGCGGAAGCCCAAGAAGCCCAAGUGGGACGACGACAUUGAUAUCAAAGACAUCGUACCGGACUUUGACGAUUCGCUCCCGCCCAACAUCACCCUUACCGACGAUGAGGGAGAGGACGACGGUGCCGAGGCGUCAAGGGAUGACGAUGACGACAACGGCGACGAAGGAGAGAACCCGGCCAAGAAGCGCAAAACGUCCAAAGAUCACAAAAAGGACCGUGCGGCCGCCAGACGUGCCGCACGACAGGAGCGAGCCAAGAUCGAGGCGCUGGUGGACAAGCAGCUGGAGCUGGACGACCCAAACGCGCUCGCGUCGCCCAAGGGCAGGAAGAAGCAGGGGUCGGGCGGGUUCCGGUACCGGGAGACAUCGCCCACAUCGUUCGGGCUCACGGCGCACGACAUCCUGCUGGCGCCGUCGGACGCGGCCCUCAACGAGUUCGCGGGCCUCAAGAAGCUCGCCACCUUCCGGGACGCCGAGAAGAAGCGCAAGGACAAGAAGCACCUGGGCAAGAAGGCCCGCCUGCGCCAGUGGCGCCGCGACAACUUUGGCCACGAGUUUGAGCACACGGGCCCCACGUACGGCUUCGAGCGCCCCGCCGCGGCGGCUGCCGAGGACGCGGACGGCGGCGCCGCGGACCACGGGGGGAGACACGGCAAGAGCAGGGACAAGGGGAAAGGGAAGGACAAGGGCAAGGCAAAAGAGGAGGAGGAGGCGGCGGCGCCAGAAGAGGGCGAGAAGAGCAAAAAGAGAAAACGAUCUAGGGGGAAGGCCAGCGCUUAGGUUAAUGUAGAUCAGGGGAUACCCGAAAAAGGAUGAAAGCUUUUUUGCUGUCACGUUUUUAUUCAUUUGCAUAUUUGUCCAUGCAAGCACCAACCGGUAUAUUUCAUCAAGUAGUUGCAAAGUUGGAAUGGAUGACAAGAUGUGAUCACCGCGGGGUGGAGCCACAGAUCAACGACCCCCUUUUUGGAGGCUGGCAUGUUAACAGCACUUGAAGAUAUACUACCCUCGAGGCAACCAGCAAGUGCUCCUUACAGAAGCGAGACCAAAACAGCGAUUCAUCGUUCAAUACACAGUCAUUAUUCAAAAAAAAGUGUUCCCAA